AUGCAAAGAGUAUUCAAAAGAGUGUUGAUCCCCUUUGUAAUAUUAGCUUAUCUAUUACUUACAUUUUUCCAAUUUCAUACAAGGAAUAUUUUCAACACAACACCAAUUAAUUCAAAUCAAUCAUAUAAAACUGGAAUAUUUGAUGAUUUAAGAAUAUUAAAAUGUUAUAAAUGGUAUAAACAAUGUAAUCAAAUUAUGGAAGGUUAUGAUUCUGAUGGCAAUGAAUUAAUUUGGAACAGGGUGGAAAAAAAUUUAGAUAUUUAUGGUCAACCACCAAAUUUUUGGUCAAUAUAUACAGAAUAUCUUUAUGUUCAUAUACCCAACAAGGGAAGAUUUGGCUCUACAGGGAGAGCUAUAGUAGAUUUAGCACUUGGUGAUCCAAUGUCAAAAGAUCCACCUUUUUAUGUUGUUAAUGAUGCUCAAACAAGAAUUACAAAACCAAAAUCAAGAUUAGAUGCCACUUUCAAUUAUAAAAAUUGGGAAUUAAAAUCUGAUGGUAUAUGGGCCAAAUAUGAUCGUGCAAAUUCUGAAGAUGUUUUAAAUAAUAUUCAAUAUUUUUUUGGUAAUAAUGUUGUUGAUCCAAGACAAGAUUGGAAAUUAUUAAAUGGGAAAUUGAGAUCAAGAGCUUAUUUAUCUAUACAUAGAGGUUCAUUAAAUUCUAAAGGUGAAAUUAGAAGGCAAGUUCCAAUAUUAACCGAGAUAAAUAAUGAAUUCAAAAUUAUACAAAUAUCAGAUUUACAUUUCAAUUCUAAAUCAGGAGAUUGUAAAGAUCAAUUCAAUGAAAAUGGUGCAAUACCAUGUAAAGCUGAUUCAAAAACUUUAAAUUUCAUAAAUGAAGUAUUAGAUAUUGAAACUCCAGAUUUUGCAAUAAUAACAGGUGAUUUAUUAGAUGGGUUCCAAGUUCAAGAUUAUCAAACUGCCAUUUUAAAAGCUUUGAAUCCAUUAAUUAAAAGAUCUAUACCAUUUGCUAUAGCUUUUGGAGAUAAUGAUGUUAAUGAAUUUGCCUCCAAAUAUGAAAUUAUUAAAUUUAUAUCAGAUUUACCAAUGUCAAUGAUGGAUGGAAUUAAUGAAAAACAACAACAUCAUAAUUCAAUAAUUGGAUUUGAAAAUAAUUAUGCAUUUAAAGUGUUUGAUAGUCAAAAUGAACAUUUACAAUCUGUUAUUUAUGUCUUGGAUUUGUUCCAAGGUGAUCAAGAAACAAAUGAACAAUCUAAAUUUUUAUAUAAUUUUUAUAAUGAAUUACAAGAUAAACCAAAAUUUUCAUUAGAAUUCCAACAUCAACCAAUUCAAGAAUAUAGACCAAAAUCAGCAUUUGCGAUUGUGGGGAAAUAUAAUGAAAAGGGUAAAUUAAACAUUAAUUCAGAUUCUAAUUUAAGGAAAACAUUAAGUGAUUUAAAUGUUAAUGCAAUGUCUGUUGGAUAUGAACAUACAAAUGAAUGUUGUAUCCAUGGUGAAGAUAAUGAAAAUGGUAAUAAUCUGAACCCAUUAUGGAUGUGUUAUGGAGGUGCAACAGGUGAAGGUGGUUAUGGUAAUAAAGAUAUAAAUUUUGAAAGAAGAGUUCGAUUUUUCAGAAUUAAUUCAGAAAAAAUGGAAAUUACUUCAUGGAAAAGGAAACAAACUGAUCCACAAUCAGUUUUUGAUUAUCAGUACAUUUACAAUUAA